UUUUUUUUUAUUUGUUGAUCACAAUGUCAAUUGAACAUGUUGAUAAACUAGAAAAAAUUCAACAUGAGAUAACCUGCACUAUAUGUCAAGGCAUCUUUGAAGAUCCUCAUUCUUUAAACUGCGGUCACUGCUAUUGUGGACAAUGUAUUUUUGAAUGGUUAAAGAAUAAUAAAUCAUGCCCUAUAUGUCGAGUACCCGCUAUACGUCAACCUAUUCAUAUCAUUACUUUACAACAAUUAAGUAACUUCUUUAGACCUGCCAAUGCUAUACCCUCAACUCGAUUAACUCGUGCGGAUUGGAUACAAUUAUAUCCUAUUGAUAACCAAGCAAACUGUAUUCGUGAUGAAGAUGAAGAUGGUGUCAUUUAUCGUUGCUCACAAUGUGGUUGGGAAUUAGAUGAAGAAAACUUUUGUUCAAAUUGUAUGAUUACAUUUACUGUAGAUCGUCCCAAUAAUGAUAACUUUGAAGUAUCUGAUACAGAAUCACAUCAUGAAGACGAAAGGGAUUUGUCAGAUUUUGUUGUUGAUGAUGAUGAAUCUAUUAUUUAUUCAGAUGAUAGUCAUACAUUUCCUAAUGAACAAGAACCUGUUGAAAUAAGUGAUGAUGAUGAAGAGCGUGUAUUAUAUAAUAAUCGUAAACGAAGAAUUGAAUUAAUAAGUGAAGAUGAUGAAACGGAUGAUGAUACUGAUAGUAAGAGUGUAAUAUCCAUAAGUGAAGAAGAAGAUGAAGAUGAAGAAGAUGAAGAAGAAGAUGAAGAUUUACAUCGACGAUCUGCUGUUUCAAGGUUUAUAGAUGAUUAUGCAGAAGACGAAGAUGAGAUUGAAGAAACAAGAAAAAAGUCACCAGAAAUCGAUAAAAUUACAGAAAAUAUCAUUAGAGCAAAGAAUAGAAUGAUUUCAAAUAGUUCAAGCAAUUCGACACAAAUGAUAAAUGACAGUGACUCUAAUGAAAGCAGUUCUGACGAAAGUGAUGUGCCUGAUUAUGAAAAUCUACUAAGCCAUUUAUCUGAUAAUAAUGAAGCUGAGAACUCAUCAUCAAAUAAAUUAGAAAAGAAAGAUAAAGAUGAAACAUCGAAUCCUAAAGCUGGUAAAAAGAAAGAUAAAAAGAAGAAGAAAAAGAGCAAAAAAUCAUCAAAGAAAGCUAAAUUAAAAAAAUAAUAAUAAAACUCCGCCCUAUUAUUCUUUAAGCACU